CGCAGCUAUAAAUUUGACAUUCAGCUACUUCCCAGUUACAUUCGAGUUCUGUGUCAAAAUGUCCAGACAUCUUGCGCUUAUUUUGCUGGCCGCUGCUUUCAGCAGGUAUGUAUGUACAAUUUUCUUGAUAUAGCAUAUAGAUUGAUUUAAGUUCUAUUUAUCUAGAUCUAUACUGAGUAUUGCGCUUCAUUUGCAUAGUUUGCGCAAGAUUUGCUGCGCAAUUAAGAAUUACAUGCGCACAACAUGAUUAUGCUUUAAACUAUACCAGGAUUUGACGACGAAUUGUACAUCUUGUGCUUGUGUGAGAAAGUUGAUAUAUCAAUGAUAAUAUUACGACCAAAUUGCGUAUGAAAUUUGUAUUUAUUUGACAGUUGACAUAAAACCCAAAAUCGCUCAUGCGCAACAUGUUGUUGCGUGUCAAUACGUGUUGUAUUACGGCGCUCUUUUACAUUAUUUGAUAAUUUCCAAAAUCCAUUUUAGGCUAUAAAUGCGCAACCUAGCACAUGCACAUUCACUUCUAAAGUAUUUGUGUAUGGCGUUCUACAUUAUUCAAAACAAGUAAAACAAUUUGAAUUGUGUAACUAUAUAUGCUUGCCAUUAUUUGCAGUUUGCUUAAAAUAGACAUUUGGACGUCAAUUUAUCUCUACGUUUGAUUGCGCACCAUGAUAAUAGGCAGUUUCUAUUGUGGUAUUCAUGUUUCAAUAAUGGAUAAAUCAGAUUAUGGUUAUUGUUUUUAACUCAAUUUACUUGUCAGUGGUGUUUGAAAUAUGAUUCGAUGCAUGUAAUUUCGCCACAGGCAAUAACGGCAAGGUGGUUAAAAUAAACAUAACAUAAACAUGCAAUGGUUGCCAAUUUCGCCGUAAACAACGGCGUGAACAGCCACAGUUUAUUAUAUUUUCAUUGCGGUUCCCUCUUCAAUGCGGAAAUUAAAUUUGAUCUCACAAAUGUUUGCACUGUAGCCAGAUUAGAACACUCUAGUUAAAUUGCUAAAGGUUUUCAAAUAAAAAACGAUUUCUGAUAAGCCUUGAAACCUCUUCGACUUAGUUAUAUAUUGGAAAUGUAUCACUAUGAAAUCUGGGAAAUAUAUCACUAUAAAAUCUGAGAAAUGUAUCACUAUGAAAUCUAUUUUUUUAUAUUUAUCGGAGCUAUUUGUUUUAUAACAUAUAUAACUUUCAUUUUAGACCACCGUACGACACGCCUUGGGUUUAGACUUGACCGGUAGUUAAAUUUUCGAUAAUAUUUUUAUACAAAAUAUAAUAUAAAUAAUGCUUCUUAGCCAAAUUCUAGUAAAUGGCCAGAAGUUCGAGAGGGUGCAAGGUUAGGACAAAAUGCCAAAGUAAUCUCUCAAUAAGAUGGCGCAGAGCGUAGCGGCAUACUUACAGGUAGUCGCGAUUUAUGCUAAAACGGAUUUUAACGUUUUGAUAGGAUUAGUGGGGAAAACAAAAGAAUUAUAUUUUAUUAUCUGCGGAAAUUUCAUUCCAGUAUAUUCUAAUUGCAUUCCAUAUUUCCAUAAAUUGCGCAAGCUAUAGAAGUAUCGAUUCGAUCAAUACUUUUCACACCAGGUGGUGAAUUAAUGUAGAACCUUUGUUUACACAAACUAUAUUAAAUGUUUACUUAACACAUACCUGAAGAACAAUUACGUUUUCCAAUGAUUUCCCAAUAUCAAAUUGUCGCAGAUGUAAUCUUGAAAGAAUUGCAGGAGUUUGAUUAUGGGGUGUUAACUCAAUACAAUCAUCUAUAAAAAUAAAUUUAAUGGCUCUAAUUUCCAAUGAAUUACUUUAUCACAUGAAGUGUUAAGGAGUUGGUUUUUAAUUGCUUUAACAAUUGUUCGACAUCCUGUCACCUUGUAAUGGGUAGAUUUUUCCUGGAUCAAGUUUUGUGUUUGGCAUUUACCAUUUUUGUCCUUCUUAUACAUAGAAACUUAAAAACCUGUGUAGUCUUCUUGCUAUCCUAGUAUUUCUGUACUUUUAUCAGCAAAUAUUCUAGCCUCUGAUCUUCCGCCUGUAUGACAGGGGUUCUACCUCAUUUACAUGCUAAGAUAUCUAAGUGUUUUCAGUUUAGCCUGAUUCACAUUGAUCGGCGAUGUUCUACGAUCCAUUGUCUGUGAGCAACGAAGAAGAAAAUGCACAAAACAUUUUAUGCAUCAAUGACCACCGACAAUGGGCAUCGCCGAUGUUUACGAUCAAUGUGAACCAGGCUUUUGACUGUAUCAAACAGCGCCGAUUUUCUUCUGGCAUUCCGGGUUCCUCCUGUAGUAACACUGCGCCAAAAAUAGAUUACCUUUACUGGACCUCCUGAAAGAACAGUAACACUGGAUCAAUAAGAGAUGAUCUUACCGGACCUCUAGGAAGAACAGUGUAGAACUGAUAGAGCUAUCCAGUAUAAAUAAAGUUAGCUGUAGUAACACUGGAUCAAUAAGAGAUGAUCUUACUGGACCUCUAUAGGGAGAACAGUUUAGAACUGAUAGAGCUAUCCAGUAUAAAUAAAGUUAGUUUAGUUUAGGUUUCCUCUUGCAGUAACACCAAAUCAAUAAGAGAAGAUCCUUACUGGACCUCUAGGGAGAACAGUUCAGAACUGAUAGAGCUAUCCAGUAUAAAUAAAAUUACUUUAGUUUAGGUUUCCUCCUGUAGUAAUAUUGAUUCAAUAAGAGAUUAUCCUUACUAGUACUGGAUCCCUAGGGAGAACAGUUUAGAACUGAGAGUUAUUCAGUAUAAAUAAAGCUAUAGUUUUGAUUUACUUUUUUGUUGAAGAGAGAUUCUCUAUAUUACUUUACUAUAACUAGACCUAUACAUAUAAUUUUCUACAGCGCUGUUGAGACAGAAAAACCACAAUACCUGAUAACCUCGCCAUACACAUAUCGUGCUGGUGAAGAUGAAACUGUGAAUAUCCAGCUCUUUGGUUCAAAGUCUUGUGAAGUUGAAGUCAGACUUAAACCUCAGAAUAGUAAAACGGUCACCGUGUCAGCCAAUGGUACUUUCACACCUGGUGAACAAGGAAAACUCAUAUUAAGGGUAAUGCAUAGACUAUUUUGAAUAAUCAGUAAAACCUCUACUACCAGUGAAACAGUGAGUCAGUUUCCCUCAAACAUUUCUUACAACUGAUUCUUCAAAACUUACGCCUGUAUUUUAAAAGCUCACUCACACUCACACUUAAUGAGUGGAGGUUCAAUCUGAGCUUCCCUUGAGUGUCAAAGCUGUUUUUGAAUAGCUGGAGGGUGAGUAGUCACCAAGUAAGGUACGACACUAACCCUCCAGCCAUUCAAAAACAGCACUGGCACUCAAGGGAAGCUCAGAAUGAAGUAAUGAACCUCCACUCUUUGAGUGUGAGUGUGCUUUUAGAAUACGGGCGUUCGUAUUUAGCUGUGCAAAAUUCCUACUGUGAUCACAGAAACUUUGAUAGUGUAAACCAGUCUUUAGACGAACCAUCUUCUCCUUGCCCAAGCUAACUUAUUCUACAAUUCUUAUUCAGAUACCCAAAGAGAAUGUAAGAAAUGGCCGCCAUUAUUAUCGAACAUCUUUUGACCUCGAUGCAACAGUCUGUGGUGUUAAAACUGAAUCAAGAUCCGUGUCCGCACAGCCGCUGAAACCGAACAACAUCUUUAUUCAAACGGACAAACCAAUUUAUAAACCAGGACAGAAACGUAUGAACGGUUUUUUAGCUCUUAUACUAUAAUUUUUUAGCAAUAGACCCUUUGAAAAUGAAAACUGACUCGUUAAAAAUGCAUUUGCGUCGCAUUAGUUUUAGUUUGCUAGGAAUAGAGCACUAUGAAUGAAGAAAAUAGGUGAGGUAAUGGUAGGUAGAAUUGGUAGCGAAAUUUCACCACCUUUCAGUAGUGUAAAGUAAAGUGCAAAUGCCAAAGAAAUUAAUUUGAACUAAUAAUUUAGUUAUCAAGCAAUUUAACCAUCAAUCAAUUAGUUAAUUAAAACUAACGAACCAAUUAGAAGCACAGUGUAACAAUUUCGCUAAGAACAUUUUAUUCAUUAAUUUAAUUCUCUAGUCCGUAUGAGAAUCCUAUCACUUGAUAAAGAUUUGAAACUAACAGGAGACAAGGUAAGCAAGUUUCAGAUCAAGAGUUUUACCAAUUACUAAUAGAUUUAUUAUUGUCAAACUCAUCAAUAAUUCACCAAAUAUCAAAUAUCAUUUAUUUUAAAUUGUUGAAGAAUACAAAAGUUCCAUAUAAAACAUUCGCGUCCGUGUUGUAUCAGACGUACAACCUUUCUCGUCUUCGGCUCCAGUUUGUAUAUCUGAUACAACACAGCUGCUCAUGCUUUAUUUAUUAUUAUAAAAAUUCAUAUUUUUAAUUUUUAUUUUUUUCUUUUAGGUUGCAAACGUUCAUGUGGUAAGCAAAAUAAAAAUACGAAUUUGUUUCCAAAUAUCGAAAAGACGUAUUUGUCAAUUGAUAAAUAUUCACAUUCUCAAUUUUUUCAUCCAGGUGGCAUCGGCUUCAAGAAUCAAACAGUGGAAUGAUGUGAAAUUGGAAGAUGGUAUGGCAAGUUUGGAACUUCAACUUUCGAAGGAGCCAAUUUUGGGAAAAUAUACAAUAACAGCGUUUGUUGGUGUAAGUUUACUAUUUAUGUAGAGUAAGUUCACUAAGUCGUGACUUUGGAUUAACACACUAGACUCAGUGAAGAUUGGUUCGUAUUAAAAAUCUGAAACAGAAUCACUCACCCAGGACAGUGUAUUAACGGCAACUGUGGUGGUUUUGAUUUGGAUUAAUAGAAUCAUUCGGUGACUGAACAGUCCAAUAAUUAGCCUUCAGACUCAGUCUGCCACAACAAAGAUGACUUCCACUUGGGUGCUAAUAGUCCUUUCUAGUAAUGAGAAAAUCAUGUAUUUAAUUUUUCAGAAAGCAAGAAAAACACAGACGAUUGAAGUUGCUAAAUAUGGUUAGUUGACUGGUGUGUUCCAGCAUUCGUCCCAGUGCCGUAGAUGGUAGUUAACUUCAGAAAACACUUUUCAGAAAGUUGAUUAAACUGCAUCUCUCUAUAUACAAAGCAAUUACAUGUAAUGGGAAAAAUUAACAUUAUUUUCUAUUGAAUAUUUUGUUUUUAGUUCUGCCCAAAUACGAGGUGAAAAUCACACCACCAGCGUAUAUGGCUUUGGAUCAGAAAGAAUUUACGACUACUAUAUGUGCAAAGUAAGUGUCAGUUAUUAUGAUAGUAUAUAUGAUAGUACGUAUGAUAGUAUAUAUGAUAGUUAUGAUUGUGUUCUCCUGGUUGUCCAACCAACCAUCAUCAUCACAACCAUCAUUAUGCACCAAUAUCACCAUCAUUAUUACCACCAUCACCAUCAUCAUCGCCUUCAUGAUUACGUUUAUCAUCAUCAUUAUUACCAUCAUCAUCAUCAUUGCCAUCACCAUUGUAAUCACCACCAGCAUCAAAACCAUCAUCGUCAUCAUCACCAUGGCCACCAGUCCAUGACCACAUUUAUCAUCACAACCAUCAACACCAUGACUACCACUCACCAUCAUCACCAGCACCACCACUACCAGCCAUUCACCAUAGCAAGACUACAUGGUAACAGUUACAAAAUGUUACUCUGUACAUUCAUUAUAGAUAUACAUAUGGGAAAAACGUGAAAGGAACAUUGAACGCAGUUUUGUGUUUGAAGCAUGAUGAUUACAUUUAUAGAAGAAGGGAAUACGUUAGUCGAAAUUUUAAAAAAUGUCAAAACAUCACGAGAGAGGUAUGGUGUAUUUAGUUUUUUAUUUUCCUCUUUCAUUUAAACCAGUACGAGUAUAGACGUCCUCAAACGUUCCAGUAUUUAAAGAGAAAUUUAACGCGUGGGAUUUUCAAAACAAUGAAAAGACAAUAGAACAUUCUGAUCAAUGGAUCAUGACUGGAUGUCAUGGAGAACAAUGAGAUUUUUUAAAACAAUGAAAAUAUUACUGUAAUGCUAGGUGUUAUGCCAAGACCUCGUUCGUGCCUUGCGAAAUCGUGCCAGUUUGAGUACAGUUGUCAACGGAGUCUUGAUAUUGUUUGUAUAUUUUUAGAUCAAUGGCUGUACGGACAUUCGCCUACUGCGAGAAGAACUCAAUGUUGGGGAAGUCACUAAUGUCUAUCGAACACAAUUUCUUAUCGAUGCUCAAGUCACAGAAACUCUAACUGGGGUGACACUAAAAAGCAAAGCUUUGAAAUAUAAUAUGAAAAGACGCUCUGUUCAAUUAUCGUUCAGUGGCACUUCGGGUAAAUUUAAGCCAGGAUUACCAUUUAAAUAUGUGGUAGGUAAUUGAUAUAUUUUUUAUAUAUUUUGGUUAACCAAACGUUAGAAAACGCUCAAUACUUUUUUAUUUAAUAUAUUGACACCAUUUCUCUCUUUCUAACAGCUUAAAGUAACACGUCCUGACGGUUCGCCGGCAACAGGGGCUAGAGUGCAUGUCACUGUAUCUCGUGGAUGGUCCGCGGCUGCCACAUUUUACAACAAAACAUUCGUCGUCACAAAUGGUUUGAUUACAGAUUCCAUUGAUGAUGCAACUUAUAAUGCUCGAAGCUUGGUUUUUAAGGUAGAAUAUUAUUAGAAUCCUGCGUAAGUUAGGUUCCUGUGAGGAUCUUAAAUAAAACCUGCAAAAAGUAGGAUGCCGGCUAGUAAGAUCCUACUGCUGAUAGGAUCCUCAUGAAAUUUUGUUUUCUCCCUCUAUGUAGGCUAAUCUUCUGGACAAAAAUCCCUAUCCAGUGAAAGCACACAUGUAUCCUGUAAGCACGUCAUAUACAGCAAAUCCUUGGUACUCUCCAAGUUUUAGCUACCUUGAAAUUCAUAACACGCAGAACACUCCCGCUAAGGUAAGAUAAAUCAGGAUUACCAACACUUUCAACAUCGUCAUCAUCACUACCAUCAUCAUUCAUCUUUAUCAUUACCAUCACAGCCACCAUCCCCAUUAUCAUCACCAUCAUUAUCACCACCAUCAUCAUCACCACCAUAACCCAUCAUCAACAUCAUCAGCACCAUUAUGAUGCAUCACAUUGUCUGCCACCAUCAUAAUCAUAUUUACCAUCACAGUCACCAUCUCCAUCAUCAUUAUCACCACCAUUAUCAUCAUCACAUCGUUUGCCACCAUCCCCAUGAUUAUCACCACUAUCAUUAUUAUCACCACCCGCAUCACCAUUACCAGUUACACCGUCAUCACCAUAGGUGAGUACCAUGACAACCAUCAUUAACAACUAUAUAUCUUGUCUAUAUGUCUAGAUUGACAGCGAAGCUUCUCUCACAGUGCGUUAUACAGUGCGAAGCAACACUGGAACGAGAGUCAACUUUCACUAUACUGUGAGUAAACUAUUCAGAUACUGCAACCGAAAUAAAAAAAUAUUUUUAAUUUCAAUGAUCUAACCAUGCUUAAUUCAGCAGUGAGUUCUGUACAACAUGAGAUCACUUUAGGAUCUAACCAUGCUUCUGGGAGGGAACACAGAAGAGACAUCAAUUACUACCGCUGCAUGAUUGAACCAUGUGCUACUUGUCACAACGCCCUAAAUGAUGAACUUAAUAACCCCAGUUUUAAACCUUUUAGAUCAUGUGUAAAGGCAACACAGUCAAGUCCGGUACACAUACUCAGCUCCACAACUACGUUCGAGAAGAGAACCUUACCACAACCGCAACACCCGCCACUACCAUUCGACCAACCAAAGUAACAGUUAAUGUCACUAACGCUACCCUCCAACGCACCAACGAUACCAUCCGAACAAAAAUACAUAGGUUAAUCCUCCCUGAUUGGGGAUGGAGGAGACCUAAACCAAUCCCAGUCAAGAAACUGAAUGAAAGACCAGUAGUGGAGAAGUUUGACAUCAAAUUUCUUGUAACCAUGGAGAUGGUGCCAUCGUGUCGGAUGAUGGUAUAUUAUGUGAGAGAAGACAAAGAGGUUGUGGCUGAUAGUGUCGACUUUGAUGUGGAGGAUAAGUUGGAGAAUCAGGUUAGGGUUAUAAAGUAGGCGGCUGUGUGGAGGGCGUGGGGAGGGGAGGGGGGGUUAUAAAGUAGACCAGGUUGAGGAAAAAUAACUUUGUUUGAGAGUUUAGAGUGGAAGAAGGAGAGCAGAAUUUAUAUUUCAAGUACUAAACAAAGUAACAUGUGGUAAACCUCGUGGCACCCGCUGGCUUAUUUUGAAAGCUCUGGGUUACCCACUGGUAGUGUGCUGCAUAUUACUAACGUUGCACCAUCUAAAAGAGAAGAUACGAGAGAUUUAACUUCAUGUUUUAAUUUGCCAGGUAUCAGUGAGUUUCAAGGAUGACGAACGUAAACCAGGAGAAGAAACGAACUUGAUCUUGAAAGCUACACCCGGAUCACGUGUUGCCUUCGUGGCUGUGGAUAAGAGCAUUCAUCUCUUGAAGGCUGGGAACGAGUUGACAAAAGAAAAGGUUUGUACAGAAAUACAUGUUGUUAUGUUGUCUAGAAGCGUGGCAUAUAAACAUGAAUAGAGGAGUCAUCGCCCACAAGAAUAUCUUCAGUAUCUUGGCCGAUGACUUUAAUUGAGUUUUAUUCAGUUUCUCACUCAUUGGUGAGUGGAUUUCCAAAUAGGCUAUUGCCUAAUUGAUAGGGGAUCCGUACCUACGAUUUCAACGUCCUUCAGUGGUGAAAAUCUCGAUGGGGCGGAGAGGGUUGUCGACCGCUCUCCUCCCCCCACCUUCACGGAAAAUUACAAAUUUUCGGAAAUUUUGACCUAAAAGAGGGCUAAAAACAGCCUUUUCGAGUGCAAAUGGGGGGUGGGGUUUGUCGGAAAUUUGAAAGUUUGUCGGCAAUUUAGGAGGAUUUGCCCCCCCCCCCCAUCGGAAAAAGUGAAUUUCCGCCACUGACGUCCUUAUCCAAGAGAAGACGCGAACGUCUACCUGUUUACUGUAAAUGUCAAUGUAAAAGUAGCACUUUCUCCUCAACUAUUUUAAGACCUUGAGUAGAGGCCCAAGCAAGGAUCAAAUCCGGGUCCCCCAGCUGGAAAAGCAACCAUAGUAACCAUAGUAACCACGACACCACAAGAGUUGGACUCUAUCCCUUGAGUACAUAAGAAACCACGUGGCGAUGACGACAGUCCUGAUAACCACACUUGACUGGAGCGUCGAAACGUUGGGUCGUGAAUGUAAUUUAUUCGAGGAUUACACUCAUUUACUUCAACAAAAGUAGCAAAACAUGUCUGUAUAUGAUUACUUGGGAACUCGCAAACUUCAAAUUUCGUGUCUUUUUUCAGAUACUUCCAUACCUACGAACGUACCAACAAAGAGCUUAUAAUUCCAACCCGAAAUGUCGUAACUCGUGGAAUCCCUGGUGGAGAGGCAAACGUAGCAUUGCACCAUUCUACUGGGGAGAUAGCUCUAGUUACGACGAUGCUUCUGACGCUUUCAAUGUAAGUCUUGUGCAUUUGAUGUACAUGAUUUAGUACGAACAAUCCGGAAAUUUCUCUAAAACGCACACCUCUCAGUUAUGGACACCUUUUUAAUAUGGACAUUUCUCUUAUAUGGACAUCUCUCUAAUACAGACAUCUCUUUAAUACAGAUCUCUCUAUUAUGGACACCUCUAAUACGAACACUUCUCUAAUACAGACACUUUAUAAUGCAGUUAUACGGACACCCCUCUAAUACCAAAAUCUCUUUUAUACAAACUCCUCUCUAAUACAUCCGGUCAUCUCUAAUAAAGAGGGCUCUCUGAAAUAUACAAAACCCUCUAAUACAGACAUCUCUCUAUGUCACGUUCUAGGUUGCUGGACUAAUAUUCUUAUCAGAUCUGUCUAUUUUCACUAAACCUUGUCCCAGACCUCGUCCCGUUCCAGUAGUGAUGGCUAUGAUGGUUGACGAUGACGGUAUAUAUUAUAUUUUGUAUGUUUUGCAGAAUAUUGGGGUUUCAUUCAUAUCCAGUUUAAAUAUCAAUACAAAACCGUGCCAGAAAUACUGGCCAACGGAGGUGGCUGGGGGCUCUGGUUUUGUUCCAUAUGGUAUGCAGUUGUUUGUUUGUUUGUUUGUUUGUUUGUUUGUUUGUUUGUUUGUUUGUUUGUUUGUUUGUUUGUUUGUUUGUUUGUUUGUUUGUUUGUUUGUUUGUUUGUUUGUUUGUUUGUUCACUUCUAUGGCAAUUAUUACACCGGCAUUUUGCAAAAUACAAAAUAUCACGUAUAUUACCGUCAUCUUCAACGCACAACCAUUUUCGCGAAUGGAAGAGGUUUCUGGAAACGGUUUCCUGAAAAUAGACAGAUUUACUUAUGGAAACAGAACGAUUUUUUAUUUCGUAAAGAUUUCGUGCCCGGAUUCUUAUCAGUUCAAGUUUCAUUUGGAUUAUACCAAUCAACGGGCAGUUUAAGAGAACACUCAGAGCAACAUCACAAACAUAAAUAUAAGAAAGCUUGGAAAAAUCGCGCAGCUUUCCUAUAACCAGCUGCUGAUUGGGCCGCGUGAAAGCGGGAGAAUUCGACGAGCAACCGUAGCAAUGGAUUAUUUCAGCUACAGACUGAAUUUUGAUCAAGGCAAGAAGAACGAAAUCCAACACCACAGCUAGAAAGAGCGUCUUAGAAUGAGUAAAACUGCAAAGAUUGGUUGCUAAAUGUUGUAAAAUGAAGAAAAUAUAGCCCUGUGAAGUUCGCAAAUUUUGUAUGUAUUUGUAUUACGCACGGUAAAAAUAACCACUUUCGGCUCAAAAAUGGUUAUUUUUCCCGCGCGUAAUGCAAAUAUAUACAAAAUUUGCGAAUUUCACAGGGCUAUAUUUUCUUCAUUUUACAACAAUUCGCAACCAAACUUUGCAAUUUUACUCAUUUUGAGAUGCUCUUUCCAGCUAUGGUGUUGGAUUUCGUCUCUAGCUGGAAUCAUGCAUGCUCUUAUGACGGAAUUUGUGUUAUGGUUCCGCAUUCCUCCUGUUUCGCACGAACUACUGAGUUAUCAGUGUUCACCAAAAAUAUCUCAUUGUAGGUAGCCGGUCUGGUUUUCUUAUCAAAUCUGUCCAUUUUCACGAAACCCUGUCCAAAACGUUACAUACAAGCGUUGAGCGGUGCAGGCGAUGGAGGCUUCGGAUCACGUCUGGGUAAUAUAUAUUAUAUUUUGUAUAUUUUGUAGAAUGCUGGUGUAAUAUUUAUAUCCAGUUUAAAUAUUUAUACAAAACCUUGUCCAAAGCCACAGUUUUUUCUACGUUUGAGUUCACGACGGCGCGGUAUGAAUAUUACUUAUUUGUUUGUUUUGUUUGGUUGCUUGUUUUGUUUUUAGUGGCAUAACUAAAUAUAUAAACAUGCAGAACACUGUUUGUUUCUCUGGGUAUUUUGGUUUACGCUAAAAAAUAAUGGAUGGUCUUUACUAAAACUAUUGGGAGAACAGUCUAAAACCAGUAUAAAUAAAGUUAGUUUAGUUUAGGUUUCCUGACUGGACCUCUAGGGAAAACAGUUUAGAAAUAAUAGAACAAAGUUAGUUUAGUUUCCUCCCGUAAUGACACUGGGCCAAUAGUUGACGACACUUACCUCCUCCAGGAAGAACAGUUUAGAACCGAUAAAGCUAUCCUUGGGUUUCCGAUACCGAUCAAUGAGAGAUAAUCCUUAUUGGAUUUCUAGAUAGAACAGUUUAGAACUGAUAAAGCUAUCCAGUAUCAAAUAUAAAUAAAGCUUAUUUUAGUUUCGUGAACGGUAAGAAUGACUGAACGACAAAUUUAUCAUUCAAACUGAGGGGUAAAUCACUUCUAAAAAGUGUACGAAAUAAAAAAAUCAUGUGAUUUUUUUGUAAUUUUUAAAAUUUUUUUGUUGACUUUUUAUUUUUACUUUUUUGUGAUUUUUCUGAGGGUGUACGUGAUUUAAAUCUGUGAUUUGGCGGCACCUCGAUUCAAAUUUGGAGAAUAUGUUAACUGUCCGUGUUUUUCUGUAAGAUAUGCGAUGGGAGUGUAUAGGAAAUUCAUUCUCUGUUUUCUAUUGACAUUAAAGGUGGUGUAGGGAGAAACAGAAAUGCUGGACCAAGGCCAAAAAGUGGAAAUGUGGACCAGACAGAAAAGAAGAAGAAAGAAAAGCCAGUCCGAGUACGUAAAGAAUUCCCUGAAACUUGGUUUUGGGCAGACGAAAAACUAGAGUAAGUAUGCCAUCAAACAUUAUUAACGAGGAACGUCUUUCCGAUGUCUCUCAGGGCCUGUUCAUAUGGGCAGAAGUUAUCGCGGUUAGCGAGAAAACUUUUCGACAAGUUUAUGAGCGAGAUCUCGCCUUGUUACGAAAAUAAUAUGAAAAGUUGCAUUGCGUUCAUAUGAAACGAAAAGUUUUCCCGUGUACCGAGAUCUCGUUUGUUGACAGGCGAGAUCUCGGUGACCGGGAUGUUUUUCCCAUAUGAACGCAACUUUCCCGCUUAGCGGGAUAACUUUUUGUCGUGUCAGCAACUUUUCAAUUCAAUUGAUGUUCAGUGCUACGUCACAGCCGGAAACUUUUCCCGGUAAGUGGGAUAAUAUUUCUUCAUAUGAACAGAACAAAAGUAUUUGGCUAGUCGAAAAGUUCUCUCGUUAACCGGGAUAACUUUUGCCCAUACGAACAGGCCCUCAGUCAAGUCAAUUCGCUGAUGGCUCAGUCAUCAAAGCAAGCGGCUUUCACCUCUGAGAUCGUGGGUUGGAUUCUCGCUAUGGACUCAUGUGAAAAGAGUCAGUCAACGCUCUGUCGAAAGUCGUGGGUUUUCUCCGGGUGCUCCGGUUUCCUCCCACAGGGAAAGUUGACAGGGUGGGUUAGGAUAAACACAGUUAGGAAAGUAAUAUCUCAAUUGUUGUAAAGAUAGUCUAGAACAACUAACAUGAGCGUAUAAUACUUGAUGUAAUCGGUCACUGAAAAGCCCCAAUGGAGAAUGAGGUGAAUAAUAAUGUAAUAUAAGAACAAACUACCAUAGAAGUUAAACUUCUCAACCUUUAUCUUUCUUAGUGAAUCUGGCAAUAAAACACUCCAAGUGAGAGUUCCUGAUACAAUUACAACCUGGGUGGCGAAUGGAUUCGCCAUAUCAUCAAAGACUGGUUUGGGUAUCUCUGACACUUCGACCCUCAAGGCAUUUCAACCGUUCUUUGUCCAGAUGACGCUACCUUACUCUGUUAUCAGAGGAGAAGAGAUUCCAGUCACUGUGACUGUAUUUAACUACAUGACCAGUUGUGUACCGGUAAGUUUAUGAUUAUUAUAAUUGUCAUGUGACAUUAUCACUGAAAAGCCUUUUUGGGAAGGUUGUCAAUAAAUAUCAUAUCUUGGAAACGUUUGUUUUGCUUUGCCGGUCAGAGUAAAUAGAAUGCAUAAUCAGUCCAUUGUAUAAUUUAUGCAUGAUACGAAACUUAAUUUGCUGAUAUUUUCUUAUUCACCAGAUCAAACUAUUAUUGAACCAGAAAUCGCCAGACUACAAAGUGACGUCAUAUUAUAUCAACAAACUCUGCGUAUGCGGUGAUGCCGGGCAGUCAGUCAAGUUUACCAUCAUUCCUACAAACCUCGGACACAUUCCCCUCACGGUCACAGCUACUACGUCAUCAGCACGUCUUUGUUCCAACAGUACAGUGACAGUCAGUGAUGCUGUCACACGUAAACUACUUGUUGAGGUAUGCAAAUUUAACUUUACAUUCACACGAGACCCGCUGUUUAGCAGGAUUGAACAAUGUUUUGCUGCCCACGUUGUUCACACUUGAUAUAUACUGUUGUGCCUGAAUCGGGUGUAACAAUAUUGUUCAAUAUUGUUGACAACUGCGAACAAUGUGGGCAGCAAAACAUUGUUCAAUCCUGUUUUCAUCAAUAUUGCAAUAACCUGAUCGUUUUUAGCCGUGCACAGAACGGUUCAUUUAUCCAUGCGGUCAGCUGUCACAACCCGUGGGAUUCAUAGACGUUUUGGUCUGAUCAAAUACACCUUUUCGAUCAUUACGUCAUGAACACGUUCUUGGCAUGGGAGCCUCGCUUUCGUAAAUCAAGACGGAAGGCGAUUGGCUAUGAAAAUGAGGCUCCCAGACCAAGAAUACAUCCAUGACGCACUUAUCAAAAAGGUGUAUUAGAGUGACCUGAUGUUGUACAUAGAUAGUUUGUAUGUUAAAGAUGUUUGAGGCGAAACUGGGAUUAUUCAUACUGAGUUUUCGGACGCUCUCUCAAAAUAUUUAUUAAUUUUACAAGCUUUCGACUGCCUGACUUCAGUCUUCACGGGUGUUUAACAAUGAGAUAAAUUACACUUUACAAUCAAACUUUCUCGCCAAGGCCAAAAUCCGCCAUUUUGGGGUACUGUCUGCCCUUGUGAAAGAUUCUAGACAAUUCAAAACGUAAAAAGCAACUUUUAAAAGUUGUAACUGUAAAUUUAUCAUUAUACAAACACCUAUAAUACUAAAAAGUCGCAUUACGUGAUGCGGAGACUCUCAAACAUAGGAGAGGCAGUACCGCCACUGAAAAUUGAUGAAAAAUCGGCCGUAAGAAAAGCUAAUUCGCUUACAUUUAAGUCUACAUAUAUGACUAAGGACUAGGGUAGGGUAUUACCCAAGAAAUUACCCAGCCAACUGUAAUCAUACCAGUCCCCGGGACAAAUACAGUCACGUACCAUCUUUCAUACGCUGAACAGUCCUCAAACUAGCGUCACAAAAACCUUGCUUACCUUUCAGCCUGAAGGAAUCAGAAAAGAGUACACUCAGGGAACAUUCUUCUGUCCUAAAA